CUCUACCCUCCCCCUCUCUCUCCGACGAACAGGAUCGCGACCUCCCUCUCUCUGCCCUCCCUCUUUUCGACCGGCGACCCACAGCGCGCAACCGACGAACCACCGCGCGGGAUCGGCGAGAGGACCGCGAGCAACCGACGAACCACUGCACGGGAUCGGCGAGAGGACCGUCAUCUCCCCCUCUCUCUCUGCCCUACCUCUUUCCGACCGGCAAACCACCGCACGGGAUCGGCGAACCACCGCCCCGCCCCUCCGGCUCCAGAUCGGGCCCCGACUCAUCCGUCCCUUGCUCUUUCUCUCCCCUCGCGUCUCUGUCUGCCCUCCCUCUCUUCGACGGCGAACCAGCGCAUGACCGGUGAACCAAUAUUUUCUCCUUGCGGAGAAGCAACGAAAAUAUCUUUGAAGUCUACAGCGAGGUAGUCUUACCGAUUUCGAGGAAGGGAGACGCUCGUCUUUCGCUCUGAGAUAUCUGGCUUUGAUAGCUCUAGAUCGAGGCGUGAAGGGGAUCUCAUAAUUGGGCUGCUUUUGAGGUUCGGACACGACUUGAUGUGCUUUAAGAACAAUUCAAGGCUAUCAUCUACAGUCUGCACUCGCUUUCUUUGUUCAUUUCCCUCUUGAAAGUUCUCACCGAGGCUUGUUUAGGGUCUUCUCUCUCCGAUCUUGCACCUCUUUUCGUAUCUCAGCUCGCAGAAGCAGGAAGGCAUUCUCCCUUCAUUUUUGCCUAUGGGACUUCCAUGGGAAAGGUUAAAGUCUAAGCAAAAUAAAAAGAAAAAGAAAAAGAGUGCAGAAAAAAAGGAGCAAUGAGGGAGAAAAAGAGAAGGAUUGAUGAGAAAGAGAUCACUAAGACGGCGUCUGCUUCUUCAUCCUUACCUUCCAUACCCACGGGAGGAGGUAGCGAUCAAUACGAUGUGUUCUUGAGCUUUAGAGGCUCCGACACUCGCAACACAUUCACUGAUUACCUCUACUGCAGUCUGAGGAGUGUAGGGACUGUACCAAUUUCUGUGUUCAGGGACGAUAACAGUCUUGAAAUUGGUGAAAAUUUUAGUUCAGAGAUUCUCAAUGCCAUCACGCGAUCUAAGAUUUCGAUCCCCAUCAUCUCUGAAAAUUAUGCUUCGAGCAAAUGGUGCCUCCGUGAGCUAGUUUGCAUCAUGGAUUGCAAGAAGAGUAUGUCGCACACGGUGUUGCCCAUUUUUUACAAAGUGCUUCCAUCGGAUGUGCGGUAUCUAAAGGGAAAUUUUGGGGAGGCUUUCCGUAAGAAGCUUUUUGAUAAGAAGGAUAUUGAGGAAGCGCAACAAGCCCUUACAGAAGUGAGUUACUUAAAUGGAUGGGAAUCUGAGAAAUUUGCAAAUGGCUUGAUGUUUCGGAGCACUUGGUUGGAGUUGAUGAUCAUGUCAACAAAAUUAGGAAUUGGGCAGACAUUCCCGCCAGUCAUGCUCGAAUGAUAGGAAUAUAUGGCAUGGGCGGGAUCGGUAAAACGACUCUUGCCAAGGUCAUCUACAAUAAGUUGUCAAAUGACUAUGUCCAUCAUAGCUUCAUUCCAGAUAUACGAGAAAAAGUAAAAGUUCACAACGGUUUACCUUAUC